AUGUCUGACUACGGCGGCGACGACGGUGGCUUUGAUGACGGCGGUUACGACAGUGGCGGCGCCAUCGACUUCGAUGAGGAAGCAGAACCAGAAGUCAUGGACGACGUCGACGAUGCUGAGGGCGGCGAGGACCCAGAAGUGGACGACAACAUCGUAGUAUCAGGAGAUGCAAGCGCUGCAGCUGCUUCGAAAGACAAAGUCAAAAACUCAGUCGAUGCUGAGAAGGAGAAGAAGGUCCCCAACGAGAACCGCACGACAACGCCAUACAUGACAAAGUACGAGAAGGCGCGUGUGUUGGGUACGAGGGCGCUGCAGAUCAGUGGAAACGCUCCCGUCCUGAUCGACGUCGAGGGCAUGACAGAUCCCCUUCAGAUUGCGGCCAAGGAGCUGCGCGAGAAGAAGAUCCCCCUCGUAGUACGAAGAUACCUGCCCGACGGCUUCUACGAGGACUGGACGUGCGAGGAGCUGCUGAUAUAAGGUAAUGAGAGUGUUUGUCUUGGCUGCAUUGGGCUUGGAGUUUUUGGUAGGAAAACUGAAUGUCCGCUGGGGCAUCUUCGGCGUUUGAGUGGCUGCGCAUCUAUACCUCCCGAAUCAGAACCGAGUUUCGCG